AUGAAAUCGAAAAAAAGUUCAGCUCGAGAAUAUCUCUUGGCUAAUGGCGAGAUGGGUGUCAUAUCGACAGCAUUGAGUCUCACUGUUUCGUUCGUAUCCGCCAUUUCUGUGCUGGGUAUGCCUAGUGAGAUCUACAUGCAUGGAACAAUGUUUUUGUAUCAAAUUAUAGCAUGGAUAAUUGGAUUAACACUAUCAGCUCUAGUAUUUAUGCCUAAAUUUCGUGAAUUAAACUAUACAAGUAUCUUUGAAUAUUUAGAGAAACGCUUCGAUAGAACAGUUCGCUUGUGUGUCUCCUUCUUAUUCACAAUAUAUAUGGUAAUCUACAUGGCCAUUGUGCUGUAUGCGCCGGCUUUAGCACUUAGUCAAACUACUGGACUAAAUAUUUGGUUAUCAGUUAUCUCGAUUGGUGUUAUUUGUACCUUUUACUCUUCGAUAGGUGGUAUAAAAGCUAUCAUUUGGACAGAUGUUUUGCAAUUCACUUUUAUACUGGUUGGUCUUCUUCCUGCUACUAUACAAGGUCUAAUACAACUGGGCGGUUUGAAACAAACAUUCUUAAUUGCUUCUCGUGAUGGUCGUAUUGAAUUCGAUAAUGUAAACUUCGAUCCACGGACUCGCCAUACAGUCUGGACGCUAAUCAUUGGCUGUUCAUUUAAUAUUUUAGCUGAAUACAGCUUCAACCAAGCACUAGUGCAACGAUAUCUCUGUGUUCGUUCAGUACGGGCUGCUCGACAAGUAAUUCUCAUUAAUGGUAUCGGUAUCAUUAUUUUUAUUCUUCUCUUGAGUCUAACGGGUCUCGUUAUAUAUGCAUUCUAUGCCAAUUGUGAUCCAUACACGGCUGGAUUUGUAAGCAGUUCAGAUCAAUUAUUUCCAUACUUCGUUAUGGAAGUAUUGAGCAAUACGGUAGGCUUACGUGGUAUUUUCCUUGCCUGCAUCUUCUCAGCUUCAUUAUCGACGAUUUCAUCUGGACUGAAUAGUCUCGCUGCAGUGUUCAUCGAAGAUGUAUAUCAAGGAUUGAUGCGACGACGAUUGAACGAUGAACAGCUAGGGAGAGUAUCGAAAAUUUAUUCAGCCAUACUUGGUGCUGUUGUAAUACUGCUUUCCUUCGCAGUAAGCUACUUGGGUUCAGUACUCAAUGCUGCAUUGUCGUUGGGAGGAGUCUUUGCUGGUCCUAUUAUGGGUGUGUUCUUUCUUGGUUUCUUCUUUCCACGAGUACAACGACGGAGCGCCUUAGUUGGACUUUUAAGCGGUUUGGGAUUACAGUUAUGGAUCUUUUUAGGUGCCCAGAUGACAAAAAAUCGAGGACAGAGUGGACGAUUACCAUUGUCAGUAACUAACUGCUCAAAAUUUAAUACCACUACACUACCAUUAGCCAGUAUGACUACCAUCAGUUAUGCGAACGAGUAA